UGAGGCGAAUGAUUAUGUUGGAAAGUGCCUUUCUGGAGGUGAAAUAAUAAUUCAGCCAUACAAAAAUUCUAAUUAUGCUUCUGAAGAAAAUACAAUAAUUGGAAAUGUGGCUCUUUAUGGCUCAACUUCUGGGACAGCAUUCUUUCGAGGAAUUGCUGGAGAACGUUUUGCAGUUCGUAAUUCUGGUGCUACUUCUGGCAUCGAAGGUGUUAGUGAUCAUGGUUGUGAAUACAUGACUAGUGGACGUGUUAUUAUUCUUUGUGGAAUUGGGAAGAACUUUGCUGCUGCGUUGAGCGGUGUAUUGUCAGAGAAACUUGAAAAAAAUAAAAUUAUGCCACGAACAAGCUCUAAUUCAACA